UACCGUGGGCAUACACUGGUCAUUCAUAAUAAAUAUGCAUACCUGAAUGAUUUAUGAAACACCGUCCUUUGGCUAUACGGAUGGAUAUACUCUCUCAGACUCGGUAUGCUCAUAUGUUUUUCCUCAUCACCAAUCAUUUCUCCAUUAAAAUCUCGACUACGUACUGCCCAGACCUUGGCCACCCACAAUCUUGUCAUUCCUCCGCCCAUUCACCAAGCUUUUCCACUCUCAUGCCAAUUUAUUUCUCUUGUUUCCAUUUCCCUUCCAGAGUUCUAUGAUUGUGUCAUUGGCCAAUUAAGUGUAUCUCUGCUCACCACAUAUUCUAUUAUUAUUCUAACAAUUAUCUGAUCGCGGACGGAGACGGAGGAGUACUGCAAAGGAAAAUGUCGAUGCCCUUCGAUUUGUAUUGCAAUUUGAUUGCACGUACAAAGUUGUAUGACUCACUGGCCGAGAGAAAAAAAUGCACAUCCUUCAUUUUUAGAGAGGGACUGGCGACGAUGACUCUUCUCGUAUAUUCAAUGCUGCAAGAUUCGUAAAUUGAGAAGCCACCAAGGCAGAAUUGAAGGUAAGCACUGAUGCAUAGGUAAGGUAGCAAAUAUACUCCAAAAUUGUUAAAGGCAAAGCAAGCUCUCUGUCGAAUCCCUACAUCAGAAUAAGAUACAAAAAGUUCAUUCUUUUCUUUCUAUUUCUGUAUCAUUCAAACAAUAAGUAUUGUACACAGAUCUUAUUUCCUUCCCCUUCAAACCAAUUCAUUUCUAUUUCUGAACAAUUCGAGCUAUUUUUACCCUCCACACUUUCCCCAUGGCAGACGACACAAACAAUGAGGAGUUGAUACUCACGCAAUACUUCCAAGACCAAUUCCACGUCCCUACUCCAGGAUGGUGGGAAGAAGCUAAUCUAGCUUUCCAAACAUUGCAGAAACUUUUGGAUCCGAGCCUUGCGGGUCCAGAAGAGCACCUUGAUAGCCAAGAUCAAGGAGGUAUUCCAAGCGCUCGUCGUGCUCGCAUUGGCGCCCUUCCAAAGCUUGUCUGUUUUGCUACUGAAAGCCACGCCAUACAGUGUACGACAAGAAACGAAACAUUGGAAUGCGUAGUUUUUGGAACUAUUUCGGCAAGUUUGUUUAUAGACGUCUUUUGGGAGGCAAUGCAAAAGGCUCAGGUUGAGUAUCCGGAUGCGAAUAUUGUUGUGUCAUCGGUUCAGCCAGGCGCACAUCCGGUCUUUGUUGUACAAAUCAAUAGCUUCACUUUCGAGGUUCAAUAUGGUUGUUGCGAGCCAUUUGUGAGAAGAAUUCAUAACAAAUCGCCUCAAGGUAUUCCACUAGCGGCCCUCCAAUACUGUGACGAAUGGUCGUCAAAACGAGCCAUUAGAAUUCUUUGGCUGACCGAUUUCGCUCAAAAGUUCAGCAUAGACAAUACUCUACACCAUGUCUACCACUACAUCAAAGCCUGGGCAACGGUUCAAGGACUUUAUGGAAGUUCCAAUAUUGGAAGUCUUACUUCCAUUUCCAUCAUCGCCCUUUUACGGCAUGCAUUAUCACAAGGUUCCGAACAAUAUCAUGUGAAACCCAAAGCUUCAGAUACCACGGAUCAAAAUUGGGAAAAUUCGAUAAUCGCCUCCCUAUCAUCAGGCGUCGGAUCAGAAUCAUCCCAAGAGAACCUCGACUUCAAAACUACAAUCCGUAAAAUUUUCACCUACUAUGGAAAAGUUCCAGGAAUUGACCUAACACCCUAUCACAUGGAAUGUGGUACCGGUCUCUUCAACGAUGACGAAGAUGAACAUCUAACCGAAGACCAAAUCACUCAAUGGAUCAACACCUAUGAUCUCUACCAUCUUCAAAAUGUAGAUAGAUCAACCCUCGAACUCCUCGGCCUAAAAUUCCAGCUCAUGCAUUCCAUCAUCGAAAGUGCCCCCACAGAAAGUUAUUCUCAUUUCUCAUAUUGGAAACACCUUCUCGCCAGUAUUCAACAACAAGAUGUGCUGGCUAAACUUUUGGGUGAAGAUAUCAUUCAGAUAGAUUUCGUGUAUUCAGGUACUUCCUCGCUGGAAUGUGGAAGAUGGUUGGAUAUGCUUGGUGAUAGAUUGGUUGCCUUGAGGAGCUCUCUAACAAACCUCACAUCUUCAUCUUCACCCUCAAUCCUUCAUCUAUGGCCCCAGCCCCUAGUCGAUCAAGAAGCAGAUGAUUCCUCUCCCUUCUACGAAGGAUGUUUUCUCCUCGGUCUAACCAACUUCGACUCCCUAGACCUCAAUCCAACCCUCGAAAAAUGGCUUUCCUCACUCCAGAAAGACAAAUCCACGCCCCCAAAUCAAAAAGGUUAUCUAUCCUACACCAUGCAUACCUCAUCCUUCGAAACAGCCCAUCUCCAUCUCCGUCCCAACACCCGUACCUUCCAUCAUCCCUCCAUCACCCCACCCAACACCUCCCUCUCAACUUCCUACCCAACUCCCACUCCCACUCCCUCUGCGACCCCAACCCCAACCCCAACCCCCCUCUCCACACAAAAAUCCCCUCCCCUCCGCACCGCAAAAGACAUUCUCCACCGACUCCUCCACGACCCCUCCUACUCCAUCGAAAACCACCUGAUUGGCUAUCGCGAUCGCCACGCCGGCGUCAUGUUCAAAAAUGCUUCCGACUGGAAACUCGAUACCAUGGACGAGGAAUGGAUUCCCGAACAUAAAAUUUUGGUAUGAAUAUAUUCCUUUCUUGCCUAUCUCUCCCUUGCGUAUGUAUCCAUCCCUUCACUCUCCCAUCCUACCCUACCCUAUCCUAUCCUUUCUGCCCUCUGCAUCUCUUAACCCCCACCUCGCCUCAAAUUCCUCUCCACAGUACGCAAUACCAAGUAAAGCCUCAAACAUAAACCAUCCACCCAUCCACCCAUCAUCCACCAACCCCAAAUUCUAACACCCCCCACCCACCCCCAGUACUUCAUCAAACUCUACCCGACCAGAACAAAAACAAAAACAAAAAAAGAUUCAUCUGGCACCGCGAACAAAAACUCGAUCUCCUCUUCGGAAGCGGCGGAUCCAUAUCGCACUGGGGCAUCAACGGAGAGAAGUUCAAUAUCGAGGUUCCUGGAUUUACUUGAGAUAAAAGGGCAAUAACAAGAUGGUGCUACUCUGCUGGUAUCAUAUAAGAUCAGAAUACAUGAAUAAAUUACAUAGAAUAUCAGCAAAGAUGUAGAAUGUGAUAUCCACUACAAUUUUAAUACACUUCCAUUACAUCUCUCCAUCUAUCCACUCGUGCAUAUGAUAUUAAUUGUUGAUACACAUACGUCCACACACAAACAACCAACCAACCAACCCAGUAGCCAGCCAGCCAGCCAGCAAAUGGGACAGAGUAUCACAAAAUCGCCCUACCCACUUCCCACUUCCCAUCUCUCAUCUCCCAUCCAUACAAUAUACAUACAUAAUCAUACACUCUCCGGACCAAGAUUGCAAGGAAAACAUCAUGAAUUCAUGACCCAUCGCCUCUAUUGCAUGCAAGCAAGUAUGCAAUCAUUCCAAUUCCCAAAGUCAUUAUUAUCAAUCAAACCAGCCAGCCAUGUUGUAAACUCCAUAUUAGCUAAUCAGCUAAUUAGCCAAUCAGCAAAGCUACCACCCAUUAUUAUCCCAGCCCACCCAUUACCUUUUCCUCCCCCUAGCGUUGACUUCCCCUUUCUCACCAAUCCCCAAAAUAAUCCUACAAUCUGGACAAUACCACUUAGUGGUUCUAGGAGGAACAGCCGUCAUUUCCACACAUUCCAGAUGAAACCAUUCUUUCUCGCACUAUCAAUCAAUCAAUCAAGCAAUCAUCGUGCCAAAGCUAACCCGGUUACAGAUGCAAUAUCUCUGUUCGUUUGGAUCAAUCAAAUUUCCAUCAUCAUCUACCUCAUCCAAAACUUCUUGGACCGCACUGCCUUCUCUUCCAUCUUUCUUUUCCUUUUUCUGUCCUGCCUUUUUGCGUGGAGCAGCACGUCUCUUGCCAACGCUGACAGCAGUAGAUCCGCCUUCUGUAGUAAGAGUUACAACACCUGGAGCAGGCCUUUUUGCUCUUUUGCUCGGUUGACGGGUUUCUGGUGCCGGUGUGUUACGAGCUGUGCUAGUGCGUCUAGGGCGAUCUAGUACUGCUGGCAUAGGAGCUGCAGAGAUGGGCUCUUCUGCUUUGAUGGCAGCGGCAGUUACCGCUUCCUUUGCAGCGGCUGCUUUACCACGAGAAGAUGUUGGUCUUUUAGCUGGGAGGGGUUCUGAUACUGGUGGUGUAGUGGGUUCAAUUACUUGAGCAACCGGAGUUGCUUUUCGAGUGGCACGUGUGUUAGUUGUCUUCUCUAGCUUUUCCGAUGUUUGAUCUUCCUUCUUUUCUGCCAAUUCCGAUUCCACAACUGCUUUCGCGGCUUCUUUGGCUUCUUUUUUAGCAGCCGCCGCUGCUUUUCUCGCCUCUUUCUUGGCCUCCUUCUUUUCCGCACCCGGAGGAAGAAUUGGCGUCGAAGACUUUGGUGGUGAUGAAGCCGUUACUGAUGCAACCGGAGUAGAACUGAUUGGUGUAUCUGUAGCUGGUACUGGUAGAGCAAUGGAAGAUGCCACGGAUACGGCAGAUUCCAAAGUUGGUACAGGAGUGGCGCGGGGAGUGGCAUUUGUGAUGAUGGGAUGAGGGGGUGGAACCGGGGUUUCAGUCUUCGUUCUCUUGAAUUGAGGCUUACCUAAUUUCGAAGAAUCUACUUCAUUCACUUUAUCACCUUGAGCGUCAUUCGUGUCAGUUAUGCCAUCUAUACUCGAUGGGUUUGCCUCGCCAUUCGCCUUUACAUCUUCGAUUGUGGACUCGCGUUUUCGUUUUUUCGAUGCUGGCUGCUUCUUAGGUGUUUUAGUAGGAGCUUUCUCUUUCUCUUUUUCUUUUUCUUUCUCUUUCUUCUCCUCUUCAGGAUGAUUCCCAAAAAGGCUCUUUACUGUACUAGCAGCUUCUGUCAUCUUUCGUACAGAUUCUUCAGCUUCUUCAGCCGCCAAUUUGGCAAGCUCUUUUGCGGCUGCCUCUCUCUUUAAUUUCUUGGCUUCGUUAAGCUUCAUACCACGAUUGCUAAGUUGUAUCUCCUCUGUGCCUAAGGCUUCUGCACUUAUAGCACCUUCCGCGAUAACUGUCUUCCCGGUGAGUUGGGGUGGUACCGAUUGUUCGAAAGGCGCAUUCUUUUUCAUUCUCUUUCUGAGCUUCGCAAGCUCCCAUGCGGUCAACUGAAGCCAAGGCGCAUCUUCGGUUCCCGCUUUCGCAUCCGGUGGUGGAGGUUGGAGUUUCGCUAGUGCGUUACUUGUCGAUAUUCCGGCAACCGCGCUAUGUACGUUUGUUCCCAUAACUCCAGGGGGCCUUGGUGUCCGGGGGGCUUUUGGUACUUUCUCUUUCUUGGCUGGCUUGACCUUCAACUUGAUCUUAGGAUUGACCGAUGCGGAUCUCGCAGGUGUCUGCCGACGCGGUGUGGGUGGGCCAGCGUCGGAUUCCGAAUCAUCACUGUACGAAUCAUAAGAAUCGUAGUCGAGCUCAUAUGGAGCCAUGACCUCGCCAGGAACAGUGAUGAUUGGCGCGCGUCGUUUGCGAACACGCAUACGACCAUCCGGGUUUCCAGUUCGCAAAAGUAAUUUUCCUGGCAAUCGAUUUGAGACCGGGGAAUUUGGCUUCUGCGGAACAGGACUUGUUUCUCGAGAUUCGGGAUAGUUUUCUGCCAUGGUCUGAAGCUUCGCCAAUAUGUUCUGGGCCCUUUUGUAAUGUCUCUCCACGUUCUCAACCAGAUGUGACGCCUCUGCGAAAGCCAAUGUACGUGCACCGAGGGCAUCAGUCAAGCUGGUAGAUAUAUCUUUUCGCAAAGAGACAGGGUCAGGUUUUGUAUCGGCAGGAAGAUCGGGGAGGUGACCAUAGGUUUUUGUCAAGUCAUUCAAGUUCGACGAGGCAUUGACAUAUUUCUCAUCGAGGUCACUAAUGAGUGCCAAUGACCGAACCAAAUCAGAAGGUAGAUAUUCCGUGAAAUCGAGAAAGUCUGUGAUUGUUGCCUGUGCAUCCGGAUCCAUAGGUGAUUCCAUAUUCUCAAUGUUACUAUUCAAGUUUGCCAUAGAUUGGAUCGUUUCCGCGAGCUUGGCCUUGCGGCCAGGACUUGUCAUCUCCAGAGCGGCAUCCAUUGUAUUAUUUGCGGCCACGUUGAUGGAGUUUAUGUUGGAAUUGAUAGUAUCGAUUGCUCUUGAAUUGUCGACAUGCGAUUGUGGUGGGACCUUGAUUCGACAGCUCCAAAUACCUGACUCAUCAAGCCAUCUAAAAGAGAGAAGAAAAAAACAAAUUAGUAAAAAGUUCCAGAAUCCAGAGUAUGUCGUUCAAAAAAAUUGGUCGAAAGUCAAUUGUUAAGGAAAGGUAAGAAAAAGAUAAGUGAUGAAAUA